AUUUCCUCCUGGAUAGCAGAGGUUAUCUUGCAUGUCUUGGUCUUGAAGGAAAAGGCAGUGUCCCUUUCUCGGCUUUUUCAUGGCUAAGGAAAACAACUGGACAGAGCUUGUGAUGGAAAACAUCAGCAAAAUGGACUGGGCUGGAGGUGAGGAAUAGACUUCUCUGAAGCACCCUAUGUAUGUCUGAUGAACUCUUCCCGUUCUUCGCUUAGUUGCUUUGCUAUUGAAGAUAGACAUGUCCCAUACAGUGAGAGCGGAAAGCAGAAGGAAGGAACAGGUUUGAUUUGCUUGAUUUGCAAGAGAGCUUGAUUUGCUCUUUCUCAGCUUACCCAAAGAUGUUUUACAACUCUUCUCUCCUCAGCCCAAGUCCUAGAGAGGAUCCCAUGGGUGGCAGUUUCUUGGAGGAAAGCAGUGGUGAAGGUGGUGACAGCAAUAUCCUGGGAGGGGACAGCCUAGUCACAGGACCACUGGGCGCAGUGCUGCUGGUCAUGUGCCUCACUGGCAUGGUGGGGAACAUCUACACAGUGGCAGUGGCCUCUGGCAGGGUGGCAGGCUGCUCAGCAGGCUCCUUGGGGGUCUACAUGAUGAACCUUGCCCUGGCUGACCUCCUGUACCUCUCCACCAUCCCCUUUGUGGUUUGCACCUACUUUGCCCAUGACUGGUUCUUUGGGGAUGUGGGUUGCAGGCUUUUGCUCAGCCUGGACCUCCUCACCAUGCAUGCCAGCAUUUUCCUCCUGACCGCCAUGAGCCUGGAGAGGUACUGGGCAGUGGCCAAGCCUCUGUGGGCCAGGCGGGCCAGUAAUGCCUACCGCAAGCUGGCCAGCGCCGUCCUCUGGCUCCUCUCGCUCCUGCUCACGGCCCCCAUGAUGGUGAUGACUCAGCUGCGGGAGGGGGACAGCCCCCACAAGCGCAUCUGCAUCCCCACCUGGACGCCAUCAGCUUUCCGGCUCUACCUGACAGUGCUGUUCUCCACCAGCGUCCUGGCACCCGGCACAGUGCUGGCCAUCGUCUACACCCGCCUGGCCUGGGCCUACCGGUCCUCGGCCUGGGGCCUGGGGCUGCCUGUGGCCGGCCGGGCCCCCGCACGGCGGCUCCUCUCCAGGAUCUCUGCCAUCGUGGUGGCCUACUGGGUCUGCUUCCUCCCCUUCUGGGCCUGGCAGCUGGCCAGGCUGUACCAGGGAGAGGGGCUGGGCAUCAGCCCUGCUGCCCAGGCCUACCUUAACUUCGGUGUCACCUGCCUGGCCUAUGGCAACAGCUGUGUCAACCCCUUCCUCUACACCCUGCUUGCAAGCAGCUACCGCGGGCGCCGUGGCCGCACCGGGACGGGCGUGGCACGGCCUGCAGCAGGCUCUCAGCAGGCUGCAGGAAACCAUGGCAUCCCCCUGGCUUUCAGGGAGGUGUUGGGGUCUGUGAGGGAAAGCGAGGGGUGA